AUGAACGAUGCAGUCAAUUCCUUGCUGACUGAGCAUUUCAGUUACACACCAUUGUCAUUGAUCGACGACAUAAUCAACUCUAUCAACAACCUCAUCUAUCAAGCCAUCUCAAGCCUCGAGACCGGACUCCUUAACACCCCUCCCGAACGACUCGGCUUUGGCCAUGCCCACAACGCGUCAACAGCCAUUCCGGACACAGAUGCUGAUGGAAAUAUCGAAUACCCAGAAGCGACGCUAGAGAUUGAGAAUGGAUUACAUCAGUUAGAGACAUUGUUUGAGUCGUCGGUAGACAAAUCAUUUGAUAAAUUUGAGAUUUACGUCUUGCGAAAUAUCUUUACGGUCCCGGAAGAUCUGGUGAAUUAUAUGAGAUUGGGCCAUUAUGAGAACCUAUCAUUUUCCAAAGACAGCAAUGCUCCUACCCCCGAGUCAAUAAACAUGCAACGAAGAAAACUGCGCGAGACACGCAAACUCCAGCAAGCGCUGCAAAGGGAAUCCAUGCAAAACGAAGCAGUCAUUUCGCAAUUACGAGCAGUACUUUUCGUGGCGCAAGACACAGCCCAGAAACAACCAGUCGUCAAAACCGACUCUAGUGCACCUGCGACAUCAUCAACAUCAACCCUUCCAAAUCUAUCCUUCCUCACCUCCGGUCCCGCCGCAAACAUGCUCCGUGUCGGCCAAAACAACUCAUUAACUACAAACACCGACUUCGUUCUAUCACAACUCCCCGCCCUGCAUGCUGCAACGCAGAAACUACGCGCAAAACUAGCUACCUUGCCCACCUCCGUACCUAGCGAGUCCCUAAAGCGGGAUGAGAGACGAGAAUAUAUCGAUAGCAGGAUCAGAUUGCAUCUCGAGCGCUUGGGCGAACCCUUAUUGGGAGACGGACAGGCUGCGAUUGCUGGAAGGAAAAUAUCUAGUGCAGAAGCUCAGGCGUUGGAGGCGGUGGGAAAUAUGCUUAAUGAAAAGUAA